UCGUCCAGUCUAAGAGACUUCACAUCAUGGUACCUAAUGGAUUAACCAACGUUGGCUUUGUUUUUUACCAACAACCACCAGCAAUCUAGCUAACAGACAAUUAUGCGUCUAGAACACUACUUUAGUAACUGCUAGGCCAUCAUCUAUUUCAGAUAGAGUUAGUUAGAAGUGUGAAGGUUGCAUUUUUAAACAGUGAAGAGGGAAAGCAUUUGAGGUCAUGGGGAACUCAGAGAGCGUUUGGUGGGUUGUUGUGGAGUGCGCCUGCAGGAUCCUCGGUGUUUCUACGGCAACAGUGUUGUUUGCUGUGGGAGUGGAGACCCUACUACAGGGAGAAUUCACCAGCCUCGGCAUCUACCUCGUAGUGUCAUCUGUUGGCAUCAUGAUGUUUGAGCUGGCCUAUUUCCUGGACACCCUUCUGUUCAUGUGUCUGCCUUGUCCUCCAGACUGGCAGCUGUUUGUGUUGUGGGGGAAGAUGGCUCGCAUCGGAGGCUUCCAUAAGUUCCUCUAUUACUCCAUAAUGUCAGUGGUCUGCUUCUUGCACCCUGUGUUGGUGUGGCAUGCGAUUAUCCCAGGGGCAAUGCUUCUUGUGACGGCCUUGUUCAACUUCAUACUAAGCAAAAAAACAAAGGUCAAAUCUCCCAAAAGGCCACAGCAGGAGAGCCACGGCGACCAAGGCCCGACCACCAUCUGUGUGACAGAAGGGGCAGCCUCCAACAGCACCGUCUCAUUCUUCCACACGAUGACGGGAAGGAGAGGAGGGGGACUGGCUCUGGCAACCAGAGACCGCUGCCUCGGCCCGGGAGAGAGAGGAGAGAGCGUCCAGGCCAUGUUGGAGCUGGAGCUGGAGCAGACGGAAGCACCUAAAGGCACAGACGGAGAGAGGAGGAGGAGGAGGUGGAGAGAGAGGAAGCUGAUAUGCUUGAGAGGCAGGGAGGAGCCUGUGGAGAGGGAGAUGGAGGAGAUGGACGGAUACUGUGAGCCAGAGCCAGACACCACCUCAGACACUGCGCCUAUGAUUACUGACUGAACGUCCCUCUGCGCUCAGACUGAGCUCCUUACUGAUAUCACACAAAGGAAAGCGUGUGUAAUGUAUUCAUACUGGCUGAAUGCAACUAGCUGGUGCUACACUGUGGUGGAUGUUUAACUGAAAAUAACAUUAUAAAAUGUCUCAACAGCAUUGUUGAGCGUUAAGUAAUAAUGUACACUGUAUUUCAAGUAAUUCUACAACUAAAAUAUGAAGAUUUUUAGAUAUUUUUUUUAAAUAUUCAACUGAUUUGUAUAUUUUUUACUUCAAAAAAAGAUCCAUCUAUUUGUACAAAAUUAAAAAAAUUAAGUAUUUUUAACAACUAUUUGAUCUUCAAAUGUAUAAAUUCAAAGAGAUUAAACCAUUUGUACCUACAUGAGCAUUUUUUACUCGGAUUUUUGCAAAGCCAGCACUGAUUGCAGAGCAGACAUUAAUGCUGAUCAAUCCAAUCCAGUUACUGCGGCAUACA